AAAAAAUGUGCAUGAUUUGAUUUGACCAUCUAGCUUUGAAGCGAGGGAGAGAGAAGUAAGAAGAAGAAGAAUCAAAAAGCGUCGGCCUUUUUCUCGUAGCUAUUGAAUGAGUUACCGAUCCACGAUCUCGUCGGCGAGCUCAGAAUCUCAAGAAGGAAUCCAAAUCUAAAUUAUCUCAUGUCUUUCUCCUUCUUCAAGCCAUCAAGGCCUAAGACGCCUCAAGAGGUCGUUAAGGCGAUCAGAGACAGCCUCUUGGCUCUUGACACCAAAACCGUCGUCGAAGUUAAAUCCCUCGAGAAGGCUUUGGAAGAAGUUGAGAAGAAUUUUUCAUCUCUGAGAGGAAUGCUAUCUGGAGAUGGUGAUGCUGAGCCAAAUGCUGAUCAAGCUGUACAGUUAGCGUUAGAGUUUUGCAAGGAAGAUGUUAUCUCUCUUGUUAUCCAUAAGCUACACAUUUUGGGAUGGGAAACAAGAAAAGAUUUACUGCAUUGCUGGUCGAUCUUGUUGAAGCAAAAAGUUGGGGAGACUUAUUGCUUUGUGCAAUACUUUGAAGAACAUUUCGAGUUGCUUGACUGUUUGGUUGUAUGCUAUGACAACAAGGAGAUUGCUCUGCAUUGUGGAAGUAUGCUUAGGGAAUGCAUUAAGUUCCCAAGUCUUGCUAAGUAUAUUCUAGAGUCUGCUUGCUUUGAGUUAUUCUUCAAAUUUGUGGAAUUGCCAAACUUUGAUGUUGCUUCUGAUGCAUUUUCAACAUUCAAGGAUCUUCUCACAAAACAUGACACUGUCGUCUCUGAGUUUCUCACCUCUCAUUACCCUGAGUUCUUUGAUGUUUAUGAAAGGUUUUUGACAUCAUCUAAUUAUGUGACAAGAAGGCAAUCGUUGAAGCUUCUUUCGGAUUUCUUAUUGGAGCCUCCAAAUUCCCACAUAAUGAAGAAAUUCAUCUUAGAAGUUCGUUAUAUGAAAGUGAUCAUGACACUUUUGAAGGACUCGAGCAAAAAUAUUCAAAUCUCUGCCUUCCAUAUAUUCAAGAUCUUUGUUGCGAAUCCUAAUAAGCCACAAGAAGUGAAAAUCAUUUUGGCAAGAAACCAUGAGAAGUUACUUGAACUUCUUCACAACUUGUCCCCUGGUAAAGGUUCUGAAGAUGAUCAAUUCGAAGAGGAAAAGGAGCUGAUCAUCGAGGAGAUUCAGAAAAUGUCUCGCCUGAAAAACCUUGAAGUUUGAACAUUCUUUGGCUUGUCUCUCCCCUUCCCUUGCGGUGAUUCCUGAGUCCUGUAAAAGAGCUUUCUCAUGAUGUCUAUGUCGAAGUUUCAUAACUGUAUGAAACUGCUUGUUUUCAUAAUACAUGUAGUAAUGUAACUUUUUAUUCUCUGUGACAAAUCGCUGAGUUGCUCUGAUACCAUGACUUUAAAAAGACCAUAACACUUUGUUACCAUUUAAUAAUUUGGAUAUGAAUAUUGUGCUUUUGUAUGUAAUCUUUGAAAUGGAUAUAGUUCAUUCAAUGGAACCAUUUUAGUUAAUAUUUCCCAAAAAAAAUACAAAUCUUCAAGAAAAUGAACUUGACCUUUUUGUUGCUGUUGAUGAAUCAACCUAAUGUUACAAUUCUAAGUCACACAAGGUACUUCUUUCAAGCAACCUCUAGAAUCUCAGUUAAAGAAGCUGCAACAGUGUCAGACAUCUUCAAAUUCCUCACCUUUUGAAAUGCAGCAUAAGUCCUAUCAGAAGGCUUCAGCCCCAAGGCCUUGAGCUCCUUGAACAGACUAAUCCCUUUCUCAACCUUAUUCUCCUUGCAAAACCCUUGAACCAAAGCGUUAUAAGUGAUUGCGUCAGGUCUAACCCCUGUCUCACCCAUUUUCUUGAAAACCUCAAACGCCUGGUCUGCUCUCCCAUACGAGCAAAACCCUGUGAUCAUCGUAUUACAGCUCACCGUUGUUUCUCCAUACCCAUUUCUAAGCAUCUCAUUAUAAAGCUCCCUAGCCAACACAACUUCACCUCUUUUCAAGUGUGCAUGUAUCAUCACAUUAUAAGUAAACUCAUUAGGCCUCAUCCCUUUCUCUAUCAUCUCAAACCAAAGCUUCCUCGCACUCCCAAACCACCCCAUCUCACACAACCCAUGGAUCAUAGUCGUAUACACAACCCUAUCAGGUGCAUAGCCUCUCUCCUUGAGAUUAUUGAACACACAAAACGCCUCCCUCUGCUUCUCAUUCUUACACAACCCUUUGAUAAUCUCCUGGUAAGUAUAAAUACUCGGCAAAUGGUUCCACGCAAUCAUGGUAUGAAGAAUCUCCGACAUAGAAGCGUAGUUCCCAAUCUUACAAAAACCAGAUAUCAACCUCGCGUAGACACCAUGUCCUGGAUCAAGCCCUUGUCUCAAAACCUUCUUGAGUAGCUCAUACCCUUCUGAAACCUCACCACCGUCACACAAAGCUUGAAUCAAACACUGUAUCCUCUCUAAAUCAACAACCUCGGGCUCUUUCAUCUCCUUGUGAAGCUCCCAGAAGAGAUCUAGUUUCUUAGCUUUCAAGCAACCUAGUAAAACAGCAUUACAAGUAGAAACCGAAGGUUCUUUGAGUUGAGUAUAGACUCGGAUACCUUCAUCAACCAACCCAUCUUCACAAAGACACUUCACGUAACGCUCUAGCAACGUUACCUCAGGGCUAAAACUGGUAGUAUCAAGAAAGCUUUUGGCAGCUUUAACAGCUUUAGCAUCUAAAAGAGCAGCGAAGAGGAGGCUUAAGGAGACAGGAUCAGGUUUGUAAUCGAAAGUGGAGCAAAGCCAACGGAAGAACCAGAGGGAAAACAUAACGUUGUUGUUGUUGUUGUUAUGUAAUGUCAACAUUUGUCGGAGAAAGAGAGGAUCUGCGAAGUUAAAGGAAGGGAAAUCAGAUACCAGAGUUUGCUGCCAUCUGUGUCUCUCUCUGAUGAUGGUGGAUACGGUUUUAGCCAUUUCCGUAUAGGUGGAAGCCUGAUGAUGCUCAUCGGACUUGGGUUCAGUAGUAUUAGCGCGAGAAGGGUCGAGGGUUAGAGUGCGUAUCUGGGUGGUGUUGGAGUGGUUUUGACGAGAUGGGUUUCUGAUGAGAGUGAUGAGAUAUGACUGACCUCUACUCAUGAUUGAUGAAAGGAUGGGUUUUUGUUAUUUCCGGGAGAAGAAAGGAGAGUGCUUUCGCCGGAACCCUAGAUUUUGAUGAUCCCCAAUUUGAUUUUGAUUUUCAUGAAAGGUUUUGAC